UAGCGAACAACAACGAAAAACCGGCGACGCGAUUUGAAUUCAUUUCAUACUCCCAAUGCAGAUCUCGUUAGAACGUUUUGUUUGGCAACACGGAAAGAGUUGAGGGAUCGGUUGAGAACGAGAGAUAUAUCUCCCUAUAUGUGUAUGUACGGAGAGCGGAAGAGAGAGAGUGUAAGAUCUGGUCGGGAUUACUUUUCCGGCAGCUGCAGCCAACUUCAGUUGCUGUUGCAGUUGCAGUUCGUACGCGUCGCUUGCAACAUCGUGUCGCGCAUUUCCACUCCAAAUUCGAAACGAAUUUCGAUUUUUCUCGUUUUCCAGUUGCAGUUUUUGUGUGUGGGAAAAUGCGACAAAUUAUCCGGCUUCGGGUAUUUGUUGCGUUCAUUAAAAAAACGUUUUGUCGCUUGUAAUUGAGCGGCAGUUGCUUUUGUUUUGCCUUUAAAAGAGCAGCAAACAGUGAAACAGAUUUUGCAUAAAUGUCCAAGUCAUGACGAGUCGACAAAACGUGCCUUUAAUGUAUUUAAUAGAUAUUUGAACUGCCCAUCAGGCUGACAUAAAACAAAUGUUGCCCAUUAGACUGCAUGUUCAGCAUAAAUGAAGCAUAAAGCCAGAGCAACAACAAUAAUCGGUUAACGUUAACCCUUGCAGCGAAAACAACAACAACAAUUGGCUAAGGAAAAUGCAGUCAAGGCGCGCUUAAUUAACAUGCAACUGGCAACGUUCGCGUAAACAAAAAUAACAAAAAUAACAAAACAACGACAGCCACGACAAGUUAACGACAACAACACGUUGAAAAGUGCAAUCUGCGGUAAUCAAAACAGCACAAAAAAUCCAGGGGAAAAAGGUCUCGAUUUUCGCCAGAAGGUGACGAAGUAGUCGAGCGGUCUAAGUUUUCCCAAUCAGUCAGCUAAUGAUGCUGUACCAGCAAAACCAGCAAUAUGCAACUGCAACUGCGGAUGCGCCCUGCAGCUGCUAAUUAAAGUGCAGCGGCGAGGGGAGAACAAUUGCAGCUGCAACAGUCAGCAAUUACCGCUUCAACAACAUUCCAGCAUCAGCAGUAAAUAAACCAUAAUGUCGCUGGUUUUGCGAAGUCAACGCGCCUUCAUUGAGGAAAAUGCUCAUCCUGGCUCUUCCCCCGCGAAUCCCGCUCCUUCGGGCAUGAGUCGCUCGGUGCGGAGUUGCAACUGCUGUCCUUAUGGCUACCACAUCGACCUGGACUUUGUGCGCUACUGUGAGGCCCUGGCCCACGAGAAGCCCAGCGAGGAGGAGCAGCGGCGCCGGGAUCGCCGAAGGUCCCGAAAGUCCAUGGAGUUCAUGCUGGGAUUCGAGAGCCUCUUCGGCGGCGAUUGGCAGGCGGAGUCACGGGUGCAGGGAAAGCUAAGCGAGGCCUCACAUGAAAGCGAACCGGAUUCGCCACGCCCCAUUGGAGGGGCGGUGGGCGGUGUGGGUAUGUCGCAGUCGUACAGCACCACCCCCUGCUACCGACCGCGUUCGUCGUCCGUGCCGCGAUUCACCUACGGCAGCAUACCGCCGCGAUCGGAGUCUCCCUUCGGCACCGCCUCCUCCACCUGCUCCUCCCUCCGCGGGGGCGUGGAAAGUGACGUGGGUGCGGGAGGGGGGAUCUACCACCACCAGCAGCACCACCAUCGUCCGGCGAUCAGUCCGCCGGAGACGCGAGCCUUCCUCCACGAGGCGCUCGACGAGGUGUGCAGCGAUUUCGAGCGGACUCUGGAGCGGACCUCGGUGAAGAGGCGCAAGACGCCAUACGGAGGAUCCCUGUCCAUGGAUCGGAACAACAACAAACUCAGCCUGAGCCUCACCAAUGGUCACGGGCCAUCAAAGGAGCAGCAGAGUCAUCGGCUGGGCAACAGCACGUGGGACCGGUACUUUGAUGUGGCAGAUUCCUGCAUUGGGGGCAAUCGAUCGCCCACUGGCACGCCACGCCCCUUUCUGCGAUCCAAUACUCUGCCAUUGCAACAACGUCCCAGUCCGGCGGAGGUCCAGUAUGAAAGCUAUGUCCAGGCCACGGUGGCGGCCAAUGCCAAGUCGCCAGUGGAGCAGCUGGAGUCCCGGAAGUCCUCGCCAGGACUUGCUCCACCGCCGCCGCCAAGGCGCCACCACUUGUUGGCCACUACGCCCACUGGUACGCCCACUUCCAAGGAGGAUCGGCAGCAGGAGAAUGGCUCCAUGAGCAGCAGCUCCCUGCAGUCACCCGUCAUCUCGGAAACUGGUCAGGCCACGGCAGAUGCACAGGCUCUGUUUCAGAUUCGCGAACAGAUGGCCUUGAGCCUCAGACGCCUUAAGGAUCUUGAGGAGCAAGUGAAGGUCAUACCCGACAUGGAGCUUGAACUCAAUUCCUUGCGAUCAGAAAAACAAAAGUUGCAGCGCAGGAAUGAAGAGCUAAUGCGGAGUCAACGGCAGACGCCAUCGCCACCGAGUCCGGGUCUCAAGACCGCCUCACCCGUACAGUUUACGCCACAAAGGAUCAGUCCAGUGUCGCUGGAGAGCCUGGGAGCUCGGAUGCGCAGCAGCUCUACAUCGGCAUCGCCAUCUCCAAGUGUCGUCCGUCGGGAUGUGUCCACGCAGGCGGUGGUGCGACCACCUGCCACUCGAGAUGUGUCCGUUGGCCACCAACCAACCACUCGAAAUGUGGGUGUUCAACCAUCGGAAACUGUUUACUCCAAGGAGGAAGUGGAGGUCAAGGUGGAGCAAGCCCUGAGCAAUGCACAAAAGCAAAAGCUGAGGAAGCUCAUCUCGGUGGGCACCCAGAUGUAUGUGCCACAACGGGAACAGCGGGAUAGUGGAGUGCAAACUCUGCCGGAACGACCCAAGCUCAAAUACAAUGUGGGGGUCACCGCAAAACCAACUACGAGGGAAAACUUCACCAGCUGCAAACCGGAUGUGCGACAUGUGGGCAGCUCCGAGGAUCGACUGGAUGAUGUCCUCUGCGAAAAGUGUGCCGUGAGCAAGAGGAGCGUAGCCAGUGGUCCGGAAACUCCGCCGGAGAAGGUAAAACCAGCUCCCCAAAUGCCCGGACGGAGCAACACAUUCAGUUUGGGCGAGAAUGAGACCGUAUCCGUGGUGCGAAAGGCCAUCGGUUGCCAGACGCCAGUUACCCUGGUGCACAGUGCAGGAAGUCAAACCACCACGGCAGUAGUUCGUUCAACCGGAGCCCAGGUGAAUCCCCAGCAGCAUCACUCCGCGGUGCAGUGCGGAACGGAGCAGGUUAAUCGCCAGACGGACACCAAUGGAUUGCAGCGACUCAGCCGGAGUCCCUUGAAGGCGGAGCAGGUGGCCGAGCCAGUGACACGCCCCCAAACCCGCCACAUAGCCAGCAAUACGGAUAAGGAAAAGGAACCGGAACCCGUUAAGGUCCUGACCAGCCACUCCGCAUGCAACACGGAGGAGAUUCGCAAAAGGGACGUGGGCUGUGGCGAUAUUGUCAAACCUCAUAUCUCCAUCGCCUGUGCGGCCAACUACUGUGAUUCUUGCAAGGAGGCCAUUCAGGAUCUGGCAAGGGGCUUCUCGAAAUCCAGUCCCACGACUCCCAGAAUGGGUGGAGCAGGGCGUCGCUCCACUUCGGCGGAUUCACGGAUACCGCGACCCAAGCACCUCACGAGUCCGAGUCCGGUGCGCAAGGAGUUCAAGCGGCAAAACACCUACACGCUGGCCACGCCUUCUCCAACACCCAGUCCUCAGGUGGAACGGAAAACACGAUUGAGCUCCCUGCAGGAGAAGCCUCCCACUGUGUCCAGUUUCCAAGCAGCAGACCCAUUGGGAGAAUCCCAGAGUUUCAUCCGGCAGCCGCAGAAGGACUUGUUGGACCUCAGUCUGCUGGGCGAUGAUGAGCUGAUAGUGCGCGAGGAGAAGCGGGUGAGCAUCAGCUGGUCGCGGGAUGCCUCUCCUGCCCCUCUGAUGACCUCCUCGGGCACCACCAAGUCCGAGUCGCCGGAACAGGAGCCGGCGAUGAGCUCUUCCAGUGAUUCCAGUCCGCCCAUCGAUGUGCAGAUUGCCCAGGGAGCACGCAAGAAGUCCAGCACACCACUAAAAUCUAGUCAGAGCGAUGGCUCCCAGGUGACCGUCAUCGAAAAGCCGGCCACCAAAGCCCAGCUCCAUCAGUUGGCCCAGGCGGAUUCGGAGCCCCGAAAGAAAACCGAGCUGUCUAAGGAUCUUAAAGAUGCCCUCAAGGCCAUCAACGAUUCGCUGCUGAAGAAGUUGGGCGCCAAACCCAUAUCCUCGCAGAGCCUUAAGUCGGCCAAGGUUACCAUCCAGGAUCACUGGUUCUUCAACUCCAGUACCGGCAAGUCCGAUCCCCACCAGGUGGAGGACUAUCUCGAUUACUUUGAAUCGCUGUCGGUGCCAUUGUUGGAGUAUUGUGUCAACCUGUCCGACAGUAAUGGCAACACAGCCAUGCACUAUGCAGUCUCGCACGGCAACUUCGAUGUGGUAUCCAUUUUGCUGGAUUCUAAGGUUUGCGAUGUAAACCAGAUGAAUAACGCCGGAUACACAUCGGUGAUGCUCGUAUCGUUGGCCAAGCUGAAGCAGCCGUCCCAUCGCACAGUCGUCGAGCGACUGUUCAAGAUGGCCGAUGUCAACAUACGGGCCAAGAAGCACUGCCAGACCGCUUUGAUGCUCGCUGUGUCGCAUGGUAACGGGGACAUGGUCAAUAUGCUACUGGAUGCCGGGGCGGACAUCAAUAUCCAGGACGAGGACGGCAGCACGGCCCUCAUGGGAGCCGCCGAGCACGGACGCAUCGACGUGAUCAAGACCCUGCUAUCGCAUCCCGACUGCGAUUCGCUAGUUAACGAUGUGGACGGCAGCACGGCUUUCAAGAUCGCCUGGCAGGCUGGGCACCGGGACGUGGGUCUGCUGAUCUACGUCCACGAGCAGAUGCUGAGGAGCAAGCUGCCGAACCGCGGAGAACCCACGAGGAGCUCCCUGAUUUCGCCCCAGCGCCACAAGCGCCAGCCAUCGCAGUAGAGCCAUUUCGUAUUAGCGGCCAAUCCGACGAACAAACAGCUAGUGUCUAAGUUCUUAAUUAGCAUUUCGUAGAGCUGCCCAAAACACAUUCCAUAGCACAAACGCAGCAUAACCUUUCAUAUGUAUAUUGUAUACUUAGAGUUCGUUUGUCGUAAACGUUUUAUUUAUUUGUAAAUCUAAUUUUAGUACUAAUGUGUAAUGUAACUCUAAUUUCGAUUUUGAUUAAUCAACGAAAGCAACAGACUCUUAAUAAUAUAUCUGACACUCUUGCAAUCAAGUACUGCACAGGCCUGAGCUACUGAUCCGAAAGUAGCCGACAACCCAACCAAUCAUAUCAGCAAUCGACAAUGCAAAACACGAUUUAUACUAACCACAAAUAACAAAACAAUGAAUCAAAUUGACAAUUAUUUUAACAAAUCAAAAAGUUCAUCCUUAGGAGGACAAUGUGUAUUUAAUAGAAAUUAAACAAACUAUUUUAAAAGAAAUGUUUUUUCGAAAUAAAUAAAUUCUUAAAUAAAAAACGUGCAUAAAACUA